AGAGUAAGAUAAGAGAUUGAGAGAAAAGAGAAAUUAAUUGAAGAGGAAUUUUGUUAUAUCUUUCCUUCAUUUUGGUGACGAUAGAAAAGUAAUCAAACUAAUUUAGGUGCAAGACACGUUUUCAUGGUUUCUCUCCAUCAUCUUAAUCAUCAUCAUAAUCGUCAUAUCAGCAUCAUCUUUGCUUUUGUUUCAACCACAAUGUUUGCUUUCAACGUGCUUUAACAGAGGGAAUAAGAAAUCGCACAGCAAAACAACAUAUUUUUCUUUCUCUCAAGUGCGUAUUCCUUUAAACCAUUUUUACAUUUACUUUUUUUUUCUCUGUGUCCGCUAUUAACUACAAUUGAUUAAUCUAUUUAAUUGUUGAAUCUUUUGUUAAAUCACAAUUGGAUUAAGUGUGUAUAAAUUUACCCCGUUAAAUAUCAAUAGAGUAAAAGUUGUAACUCUUGAAAUUGCCUCUUCUUAUUUUGCCUUAUUUUCUGGUUUCAUUUUCUGGUUCAACAUAGAAAAAGGAUUUUUUUAUUUACUGUUUUCCUUUUUUUCUGGUUUUCUUAUCACAAUUUGUGUGUUGGAUGUUGUUUUUAAUCAAAUUAUCCUGGAUUAUGAACUGUUAGUAAUCAGUUGGCAAAACUAUUGGCAGUGCAAACUCACACACAACUAAUAUGAUAAACAAAAGUUAAUACACACACAAUUUAAUCAAUUUUCUUCUCUUCUAUGCAUCACAUGGCUCAUCAUCAUCUUAACAAGUUAUUAUUGUUAUUGUUUUUCUCGUUGAUUGCUCUGAUUUCACCCUAAAGUUCACAACAAUUGUUUUUUUUCUUGACACUUUAUCUCUCCGCCCCUCUACAAUCAUCAUAACUGGUCAUCAUCAUCGAGCAACAUUAUAAACAUCAGUUAAACUGUUGGAAAAAUUAUCGUUUUCAUUGUUAUGUUACCAUUGGCUUAAUUUUUAAACCUGAUCUAAAGGAUUAGCAAGUGAAAAAUGAGUCGCACAAAUUUAAAGCAACUGUUAAUGAGAGAACAAAUGGUUCAACAAGAGCGUAAAGAGGCUCUUCAAAAGCAACAACAAAUUCAAAAAUUGCAAACAAAUUCUAGAUUAACCUCUCACCAUCUUGAUAUUGGUUCAACUGUGAUUAAUAAUAAUAGCAAUGUUGGUAGUGGUAAUAUCAACAAUAACAACAGUGCCAAUAGCAGCAGUGUAAUCACAAUUGCUGGAGGAAAUGGUGAACAUCGAGGAGUGCGAAGCAUUCCACAUUCAACAUCAACAAAGCUUUCAGAGGCUGCAUCAUGUCCAAAUUUUUUCACCGAUGGUUUUAACAAUUCAGACAAUGGUUUACCGAUAUCAAAUCUUCCAAUAGGAAGUACAUCAUCAUCUUCAUCAGCCUUAAUAACGAAUAGCUCAACGACUACAACUUCAUCAACCACAAUAAUACCAUCCAAGUCGGUGGCAAGUCAUCAUCAUCAUCCAUCCCUAAUAAAUAAUGCCAAUGGAAGUGGCCCUCAAUCUCCCUUCCCUUUAAGUCCUGAUAGUCCACUGUCAGGUCCAAGGUCAUCGGCUUCAGAAAUAGAUGGAGACUACUGGGAAGAUGUUCAGCGAACUUUUGGUCUCGAAAUGUCUGACCUCAUGGAUCAUAACAGUGGUAACAAUGGUAAUGGUGAUAAUGGAGGCAGUGCUCAUAACAAUGGCGAAGGUGGCAGUGGUCCAAUGGGUCCCAGUUCGAGUAUAAAUGUAAUUCAUCAUCAUUCUCACCACCAUCAAUCUCAUCAUAGUCCCAUGGAUCCUAUUCCUGCAACUUUACCAGCAGAUAUCAGUUAUAUCUUUAACCCUCACCAACUGUAUGGAGGAGAGGAUAGUCAACAAUCCACCAGUCGUUUAUCUGAUGCAACAAAGAUGUCUUCCUCUUGCCCGCCUUUAUCCACGUCUUGUCCCCCACUUUCCUCAGACCCUGAAUACAGUGCCUGGGAAAGGGAGAGGAAAAAGAAAGAUGCUCAUAACAAAAUCGAACGACGUAGAAGGUACAAUAUUAAUGAUCGUAUUAAGGAGUUGAGUACUUUGUUGCCCACUCAGGACGAGAUUCAUUACGAAUUGGUAAAAGAUAUGAAACAAAAUAAAGGGACUAUUUUGAAGGCGUCAGUAGACUUUUUACGUUCCCUUAAACGAGAUGUUACUCGAAUACCUGAAUUGGAACGUCAAAAGCGAGAAUUGGAAAUUGAAAAUCGUAAAAUGUCAGCAAGAAUCCAGCAAUUGGAACAAGAUUUAAGGAGACAAGCUUUAAUCAGUGAUGAACAACAACAGCAUGGUUUAUAUAAGCCUGACCCUUCUGCGCCUAAAUCAAUACAAUUUGGACAACAUCAGCACCAUCAUCACCAUGGUCAUCAUGUUCAUUCAACUCAUCAUGAAACUCCAACUCCUCCACCUCAACCUCAAUCCUUACCACAUCAUUUAACUCAUAGUUUCCAUCACCCAGAGACCGAUUAUUGGAUAAAUGAAAGCAUAACUAUAGAUGAUAAUGCUAAUACUGGACAUAAUAAUUUACAGAGUCAUCCUCAACACAUAACAUCGGGUCAUCACACGAAUCCGGACAAUGAUCUGGUUGAAACAUUGUACGGUCCUGCGUUAAGGAUAUCAGCUCAUCACCCGAUCAUUAAACAAGAAUAUAAUGUAUCACCUAGCCAGUCUAGUUCUGGUUUAGGAUCACUAUCAUCGCCAACAUCCUUGAGUUCCUCUUUUCUACCAUUAUCCCAGAUGUUAAUCAAUGAUGCUAGUAAAGAUUCCCUUGGCAUAACAAAUCAACAUGUAAAAGGUGAAUUACCUUCACCACAAGUAAUGGAUGUUUGUGAUUAAAAUCAAUCAAAACCCCCUUGAAACAAACACAAUGAUACAACGAAAAAUCAACCACAACUAAAUUAACACUGGCAAUUUAUAAGCAAUUGCAACUUUCUCUCAACUCUCUUUACAACGCGACGCCAACAAUUCUAUUGGUCAUGCUCAAUUAUUAAAUCAUCUUUUUUAUUUCAAAUUUAAUCUCCAAAAAUUGGUUCCUUACAGAUUUGCUCACCUUUUCGACCAUUUUUCCCUUCUCUUCCUCUCUCUCUCUUUCUCUAUUUUUCACUUUAGACUAAUCUACUCAUCUAGUAGCUUUCUGCUUAAAACUUCACAAUUCAAUUUUUUACAUCAAUUGCUUACCUAAAAUGGUCAAGGAAAACAUUGCCUGAAUUAUAUGCUAAAAUAUUGCGGUAAAACUUGAUUGGCUAAACAAAUUGUAAAACUGUGCCUGGAAAACUUUGGAUAACCUCAACUUGACCCACCUUUAACCCUUUGCCCAGUUCAAUACAUCACCCAAAUUAUUUAUAAAAUCACAUCGGGAAUCUGCAUCCAACAGCAUUGAAUGGCAGCAAAAAAGAUUAAGAUUGUUUCCUACUCACAUCGAUAAACAUUAAACUAUCAGUCGCUCAACUCAACUCAAACCAACACCCCACGACUGAUUAGCAAAAACCCGCUUCAACUACGUACAAUUUUCUUUGCUUAUAUGUAAAUCCCUAAUUUAAUGAAAAUUAAGUUAACUCAUUAUACGCUCAUUAUAUAAUAUCCUUAAACACACAUAAGUACAUAAUCACCAUAUAAAUAUGUAUAUCUAAAGGGUGUUACGGUUAGUAAGGUUAAAACAAUCUCUAAAGAUGCGAUUUUUGAAGACGCUGGAAACAAGAAUGAUAAGAAAGACACAAUAUCCAAAUCGUCACAUGGACAUCAUUCUUAUCCCUUAUCAAUACCCAGGAAAGUGAACCUACUAACCUCAACACCCUUUACAUUGGACAAAUCAAAGUCAAUCCAGAUUUCAACAUUACAAGAUUAUCGUAAAAUUUUUGGAAAAUCUUUUUUUUUGGAAACACGUACCUGGUGCUGAAACAGUUUCUUGGACAAAAACAUCAACAAGUGACCUAUUCUUUCUCUUCCUUUUCUUAACCCUUUUGCCUUAUUUGACCUCUUCCUGCAACUCAAGUGCCAUCGGAUAAAUGUUAACUCAUUGACUCUUCAAAAUGGAUGUUACUACGAUUCAACGAUUAUUACAAAACUGCAUACAAAAAAAGCUUGUUAACAAUCUAUGGAAUUACUUUUUCCCUUUUUGCUUCUACUGGAAUUAAUUAAUUAAUUGGUUAAUUAAUUAAUUACAUACAAAAUAACAUUAUACAUAUUAUAUAUAUAGCCUAAUUAACGGUGCCAAGUCAAAAUGCCGGAUGAUGAAAAAUUAAGGACAAACUAAAAUACGUAAAACAUGUAGAGUGUAAUAUUGUAAAAAAACAAAGAAGGGAAAUAUUGCUGUUUCAAUGCAUGUUAAACACAGAGAAACAAGAUUAUAUAUUUUGUGUAUAAAAUAGAUUUGAUUAUGAUUAAUGAAUGAAAAAUGAUUCUAAUUUGUUGACUGUUAAAAUUUUUUGUUACAAACAUGAAAAAGUGUACGAUAAAAAAAAACUGUAUAAACGUUGUUUCCCUUCACUUUCCUCUUUUUGUUGUGAGUUACGUUUUAAGACAAAAUAUUAAUCUUCAAUGUUUUUCUUCUUCGUCAUCUUCAUCUUGAAAAUUUCUAACUGACUCUUCAUUUCUAUUACAAUCUUCCUUAUUAUUGUACUUUUCCUCCUCUUCUCGUCUUCUCCCUAAAUCCUACAUAUCUCUACAUUCGAAUUGAAAUAAAAACAUUUUUUGAUUCUAA